UUGUGAUUUCAGUCUGUCUCCAGUCUCGUCACGGGAGUGGAGGGCGCGUUUCGCUGCUCUGCGCGCGGUGGGAAUAUUCAGCUCUGGCGCACAGAACUCGAACUACCAACUUUUUUGCCGCCUCUACCGCUUCUCCGCCGCUACAGCGGCACGCUGGGAAGACUGCGACGCACGUUUCGCCACAGCGGAGGCGACGUAAAGAUACGUUGACAGCUGCUCUCGGAGGCGUGGACCCACUGAUAAAUCUGUCUACCUGCCGGACCGCCGCCCUCACACUGUCACACUGAAGGUGGGAGGUGAAGCUGCCGUGGGCCAUGCGCUUCUAGGGAGGUCUCACCCUGUGCCAAAAUGAGGCCGCUGCCCGGCUCGCCUCCGCCCGCCCUGCCUGCCCUCCUGGCUCUCGCCUUCGCCGCCGUCCUCCCUCGGCUUUGCUCAGGGGCCACGCCGUUCCCCCAGGACCUGGAACCAAUCAGCAUCGUGGGCAGAGAAUCGUCCUACCUCUACCCCAGCUUCCAGGGGCUCAUGUCGGACAAUGACACGCUCCGCCUGGGCCUGGACUUCCAGAGGAUGCUGAGGAUCAACCACAUGCUCUACAUCGCUGCCCGGGACCAUGUGUUUGCCAUCAAUCUCGCCGCCUCGUCUGAGCAGAUAAUCCUGCAGCAGGUAGGAAAAUCCGUCCAGCGUCAUGACUGAGCAGCUUCUGAGUUCACCUCGUUUCCAUUAGGAGUCACCUUGUGUAAAACCUUGUGUCUCCACGCAGCAAAGUGAGUGGAGUUCUUCUCUGUGCCGUUUGCUAUGUAAACCCGCUGUCGUCUGUUCUUCUUCUGAGAACUUUCCUUUUAGGGAGCGUUUGAUCCCUCUGAUCCGUCAGAAUCGGCACCACUAAUCUGUGCGCUACCAGCAGAGACUCUGAAUGACCCGGCUUCACUUGACAUUUUUCUCUGGGUAACGUUAAAACAGCUGAGUCCACGGCGGCUUCGAUAACGUCUCUUCUCGCUCUGCUCCCAUUUCCCGUCUCGUUUUCAUCCGCGCGUUAAACAAUCCCACUCCCGACACGUUUCCAGUGCGAGAGCAGCGCCGCUCUCUUGCUUUUGAAGUGCCGCGCUCCCUCCUUUCCGAAUCUCAUUUGUCAAACAUCAUUGUACUUGAAUCCCAGCUCUCGGAGGCCUGGACGUUUGUUUUCUUGUAUUUAGAUUAGUGGCAAACACGGACAUUCACUGGGAAAAGGCAGCUACUCGAAGGUAUUGAUCCCCGUGUGGCGCAGAGACACGGCGUCGGUCUGUUUUCCCCGGGUUUGUGAUCUUAGAUGCUGAAUGUGUGUAAAUGAUGCAUUUUUAGUCUUUCAAUCAAACCUCUGCCACCUCCAGAUGGAGGAACGGAAGAUGAUGGGGAAGAUGAUGGAAGACGUGGCCCUAUUGUGCCGCCGCGCUCCCACUCUCUUCCUGUUAUCAAUCUGAGCCGGGUCGUUAGAGCGUGAGUCAUACGAGCAGAACGAGGUGCAUCCCCUCCUCAGCGCUUCAUUUAUAAACCAUCUCUUCAUUUCGCUCCUCCACUGCGCCGUCCCCCUGCAGGCCCUGGUGCCUAUAAGUAAUUAUUAGUGAACCAAAUCAAGCGUGGACAAGACAUGACCUAUUACCAUAACGCUGACUCCUGCUGAAUGGGACAGAUAUUCUUAAAGUUGGGCCGGAGGGUUUCCACACGACCAUCUCUGCAGACGACUCAGAAGUUGUCAUCAGUGUCGUCGUAACGAGUUUAUUAUAAGAAACGCUUCUGAAUUUUGUGCACAAAGCCCCGUGGUAUUAUAGGAAACAACUCAUCCAUAAGACAUAAGCACUAAUGCACAAACACAAUACAUUAAAUAAAAUGUUGAUGUGAAUACAAAUGCCUAAAGUGCCUCAAACCUUUUCUCACAAAUUGGGGCGGAUUAUUGAGAAUGUGUCUCAGACGGCUGGUGUUUGUGUGAAUGAAUGUCCAGACAUGAUUCAGGCGCUGAACGUUGCAGCAACACGUCCCCAGAAUGCCCAGCGUUUAUUACAGCAGUGACACUAACACCUGGAUGCAUCAAUCCAACAGCUGCCUCAGUGAGUCGCUGGCGGUGGACGUGCUGUGAGUCUCAGCCGGAGCCCGAGUGCUGCAGCAUCUUCAGUGUAAUUAAAUUCAUGUAGGUAGAGAGUGAGAGGCUCCCUCGUCUCCAGACUCCUGCUCAUGGUUUUACAAAUCUGCAGGGCCCUGCUCAUCCUGACACCAUAGUUUAAACCCAAUCAGAAGGAGCUAAUCCAAGGACUGGAACUGCUGCUGGGCAACGCAGGCACAAACCGCAGGGAUGCACAACAAGGAGCUAAAUGAAGGCUUUAAAAUGUACAUAAACAAAUGAGAGCGGGCUCCGGCAGAAGCAAAACACACAGAGAAUUUCAGUGAAUAAUGUUUGUGUUUGCUGCUGUUAGCUGCAUCGACUCGCACCUGCCCAAAAGCAUGAGUAAUAUCACAAACGCCGCUAAGAUGCUUCAUUAAUUAUUAAAGCCCUCUGACACCGGCAUUUAACUAUUACCUGGACCUGUGAGCGUCUCUGAAAGAUUCUAUAACGUGUGAUCAUGUCAGAAGCCGACUGGAAGAGGAAGUAAGAGAAUAAUU